GGGAGCGAGGGGAGGGGCCGGAAGCAACUCUACGCUUCCUGGUUGCUAAGAGACGGGGCUUCCACAAGCCAGACCGAGGUUCUCCGGCUUUCUUUUCCUCCCUUUUUCUGCUUCAGCGUCACCGAAUCCGGCUACCAUGUCGGACCCAGAAGCUGACAGCUUGCGAAGAACCUUUCCCUCUUACAUGGCGGAGGGCGAGCGGCUGUAUCUGUGCGGAGAGUUCUCUAAAGCCGCCCAUAGCUUCAGCAACGCUCUUCACCUUCAGAAUGGAGAUAAGAACUGCCUGGUUGCCCGAUCCAAGUGCUUCCUGAAGAUGGGAGAGCUGGAGAAGUCCCUGAAGGAUGCUGAGGCUUCACUCCAGAGUGACCCGACUUUCUGCAAGGGAAUUUUACAAAAGGCUGAGACCCUGUACACCAUGGGAGACUUUGAGUUUGCCCUGGUGUUCUAUCAUCGAGGCUACAAGCUGCGGCCUGACCGAGAAUUCAAAGUUGGAAUUCAGAAAGCUCAGGAAGCCAUCAACAACUCAGUGGGAAGUCCUUCUUCAAUUAAGCUAGAGAACAAAGGGGACCUCUCCUUCUUAAACAAGCAAGCUGAGAGUAUGAAAGCCCAGCAGAAGCCUCAUCCCGUGAGACAACUCUUACAUCACCCCAAGAGAGAGUCCAAGCGGAAGGGCUCGCUCAAGAGUGAGAAGAUUGUCCGCCAGCUCCUGGGCGAGCUCUACGUGGACAAGGAGUAUCUGGAGAAGCUCCUAUUGGAUGAAGACCUGAUCAAAGGCACCAUCAAGCAUGGCCUGACCGUGGAGGACCUCAUCAUGACAGGCAUCAACUACCUGGACACCCGCAGUAACUUCUGGAGGCAGCAGAAGCCCAUCUAUGCCAGGGAGCGGGACCGGAAGCUGAUGCAAGAGAAAUGGCUAAGGGACCGCAAGCGCCGUCCCUCACAGACAGCCCAUUACAUCCUCAAGAGCCUCGAGGACAUCGACAUGUUGCUGACCAGUGGCAGUGCUGAUGGCAGCCUUCAGAAAGCUGAGAAAGUGCUGAAGAAAGUGCUGGAAUGGAACAAAGAGGAGGUGCCCAACAAGGAUGAGCUGGUGGGAAACUUGUACAGCUGCAUAGGGAAUGCCCAGAUUGAGCUGGGGCAGAUGGUCGCAGCCCUGCAGAGCCACAGAAAGGACUUGGAGAUCGCCAAGGAAUAUGACCUUCCUGAUGCUAAGUCGAGAGCCCUUGACAACAUUGGCAGGGUUUUUGCCAGAGUUGGGAAAUUCCAGCAAGCCAUUGACACGUGGGAGGAGAAGAUCCCUCUGGCAAAAACCACCCUGGAGAAGACCUGGUUGUUCCACGAGAUCGGCCGCUGCUACUUGGAGCUGGACCAGGCCUGGCAGGCCCAGCAUUACGGUGAGAAGUCCCAGCAGUGUGCUGAGGAAGAAGGAGACAUCGAGUGGCAGCUGAAUGCGAGCGUUCUGGUGGCUCAGGCACAAGUCAAGCUGAGAGACUUCGAGUCGGCCGUGAGCAACUUUGAGAAGGCCCUGGAGAGAGCGAAGCUGGUCCACAACAACGAGGCGCAGCAGGCCAUCAUCAGCGCCUUGGAUGAUGCCAACAAGGGCAUCAUCGAAGAGCUGAAGAAAACAGACUACAGGGAGACGCUGAGAGAAAAGAGAGAGAGAGAAGAGGCCGCUGAAUUGGAAACCUUGAGAGCAGCGGCGGCGGCAGGGAAGGAGAAGGAAAGCGCGAGAAGAGCGAGAGACGAGCCCGAGAAGGUGAUGAAGCACUGGGAGCGAGAGCUAGCUGACAGUGAGAAAGAGACGGAAGACGAGUUGUCUCAGGAAACUCUGAGGGUCGCAGCGAGUGGACAAGAAGAAAACAGGCAGAGAGAAGUAGGGGAAGCCAGCUCCUUCAGAACAGGGCUGGGAGCCACAGGGCGAGACUCAGGAGAUGUUGCCAAGGGAGUGUCCAGAGACCUGGGCACAGGAAGCGAGGGAAAGGAGGACAGGAAACCGUUAGAAGUGGGCAGAAUGGAAUCAAGAGGAAUUUACAGGAGGCCUUCAGAGCUGGACCAGAAACCCUCGGGAGAAUUAAGCAGAAGGAAAUCGGAAGGACUGGAGAGUCAAGUUUCAGAAGACAACAGAAGAGAGUCAGAAGAAAUAGGGAAAACAGAACUGGGAGAAACAGCAGAAGCAACAAAGGCAGAAAAUGGUGAAAACGUGGAAGAAGGUGAAAAAGAAGAUGAAUAA